AUGCAAAUGGGUUUGACCAGCGGUGCCGCCCCGUCCAGGGUUGACCAGCCCGCCGCCCCGUCCAGGGUUUACCAGCCCGCCGCCCCGUCCAAGGUUUACCAGGCCGGUGCCGCCCCAUCCAGGGUUUACCAGGCCAGUGCCGCCCCGUCCAAGGUUUACCAGCCCGCCGCCCCGUCCAAGGUUUACCAGGCCGGUGCCGCCCCGUCCAGGGUUUACCAGCCCGCCGCCCCGUCCAAGGUUUACCAGGCCGGUGCCGCCCCGUCCAGGGUUUACCAGGCCGGUGCCGCCCUAUCCAAGGUUUACCAGCCCGCCGCCCCGUCCAAGGUUUACCAGGCCGGUGCUGCCCCGUCCAAGGUUUACCAGCCCGCCGCCCCGUCCAAGGUUUACCAGGCCGGUGCUGCCCCAUCCAAGGUUUACCAGCCUGCCGCCCCGUCCACGGUUUACCAGGCCCGUGCCGCCCCGUCCAAGGUUUACCAGGCCGGUGCCGCCCCAUCCAGGGUUUACCAGGCCGGUGCCGCCCCGUCCACGGUUUACCAGGCCGGUGCCGCCCCGUCCAGGGUUUACCAGGCCGCCUAG